AGUGCUAUCGAUUAUUUUGCAGCACUAAUAAAUUCCAUUUGCAAGCUAAAAAAUAGGAAAAAAUAAAAAUAUCUUUGAUCGCAGCCAGCUAGUGGAAAACCGAACGGAAAAUCAUGUGUCACCGGUGCCAGCGGACGAAGGCCCGGGAUUAACUGAGUGGGUGCACCCGAAUCCAGUCCGAACGGAUAGCAGCGCACUACUCAUCGAAAUUCGAGACUUCCCGAGUGGACCAAAGAAACCGCAGUAGAGAGACUCGCCUCCCGUUUGUUUGCAUUACGGCACGGCGGGAUCAGGGGAUUCCCCGUCCGGCUGAGAUAUGGCCAUGCACUCGUACAUGCGCCAGGGAUCGGGAUCGGGAUCCGGAGGAGCAGGUGCAGGAGUCGCAGCAGCUGGAGCACCGCCGCUGGCCAGUCCCGACGAGAUGCACGGCUUCCUGAAGGACAAGCAGGCGUGGGAGCACGCCAUCUCCUUGUACCAGGGUCCGGAUCCCCUCGAUCACUGGUACAACUACAUCUGCUGGUACGAGAAUCAUGCGCACAGCGAUCCGGAACUCAAGUACCGCGAAACUCUGGAACGGUGUCUGACGGUCUACGAGCACAACGACUACUACCGGCAGGAUGCCCGUCUGGUGCGGCUGUGGCUGAAGUACAUAGCCAUGCAGACGGAUCCAUUGCACUUCUACCAGGUGCUCUUCCAGCGGGGAACCGGUCGCCAGGUGGCUGCCUUCUACAUUGGCUGGGCCGCCUACUAUGAGUCGCGCGAGGAGUUCAAGGAUGCGGAGGCGGUCUUUAACUUGGCCUUCCAGGAGAAGGCGCAGAGCAAUUCCGAGCUGCAGCAUGCCCACACAAAGUUCAACUAUGCCAGGUCGCUGUUCCACCAGCGACAACAACAGCAACAGCAGCAGCUUCAGCAGCAACAGCAUCCCCAGCCGGAUGCACUGCAGCAACUAACGAACUAUGCACAACAGCAGCUGCCGCAGAGCUACCCACCACCACCACAACAAACACAACACCGUCCCCAGCCAUAUCAGCAGAAUGUCUAUCAGCAAUAUCAUCCGCAGGCGCAGCAACAUCCAGCCACACAGCCACAUCAGGCGGCGCCACAGCAACAUCAGCCGGCAGAACAGCCGCUGGCCUAUCAGCAGGCACACUACCAGGAGCAGCCGCGCUAUGAGCCACAUCCGGCGCCUCAGCCGCCAGUCCAUGUCCAGCAAUAUGCUCCAGUGGCCGAGCCCCACUAUGCACCUGCCCAGCAGCAACAGUUGCCGCCACCACAACAGCCUACAGCACAGCAGCAACAUCCACAACAGCAGCAACCCCAGCCCCAGCAGCUGCAACACAAUGGCAAUGGCAAUGGCAAUCCUGCGCCUCAGCCAAAUCCUCCGGCGACAAGCGAAGUGGCUGGCCUGCGUUUGCCGCGCAAUUUCCACGCUUACGGGCGCAACAACCAUGAGACCUGGAAGCCAGCUUUGACGCUCGAAGAGCCAGAUGAUCCUUCGCGGGUGUGCCACUAUGCCAAGCAGUUGGUCUAUCCUCCGGGCGCAGGCAUCGAGUACAGUCCCGAGGAGAUACUAGCCCGCAAGUUCAAGCAGCUGAUGGAGCAGAAGGCCAAGCCAGCGGAACAGCCAGCUGAACAGCAACAGCAAACUCUAUAUGAUUCCUACGAGUCGCAGACAUCCUACUACAUGACUGCCGUAGAUGGAGCUCUCUACGAGAACAACAGCAGUGGCCCGGAGAAUACGGGCGAGGAGGAUGAGGACAACGAGGCGGAGGAAGGUGAGGAGGAGGAGGAGGAAGAAGGCGCCGCGGGUAAUGAGGAUGAGGACUCCGAUGAGGCGGAGGAGGAGGAGGACGACGAAGAGGAGGAGGAGGAGCACAGCGAACCCUACACCAAUGGCGUGCAAUUCAGUGCGCAAACCACUUUCGAGCAGGAGAACCGCUCAAUAAAGAUCAAGUUCAGGAAGGAGCCCAGCAGCACCUACAGUGCCUACACCAUUGAGAAUGUCUACCAGCAGCAACAGCAUCAUCAUCAUCAGCAGCAGCAGCAGCAUCAUCAGCAGCAGCAGCACCAUCAGGUUAUCCAGCAGGUACCGCCGCAAGCCGUUCAUCAUCCUCAGCCGCCGGAACCUGCGCCCGCUUCUCCCAUUCCCAUCCAGCGCCAGCGCAACGGUGGCGGCCAGCACCACCACUUCCAUCCCUACAUGCUGGGCCAGACCUCGACGCCCAAGAGCGAGGCGAAUGGCUAUCGCCGGGCACGCACCAAAGUCAAGCGCAGCAAGUUCCAGCCGGAUCUCUGCAGCAACAGCAACUCGGCCUCCUCGGCGGCGGAUGUGGCCACGGCCAGCUCGAGUAGUGUGGCUGCUCCGGGGGCGCCGGGUGCUCAGUUCAACGACAAUGCCAACUUCUCGUUCUCCAGCGCCACCGCUUUGGACAAUUCAAAUAGCUCUCUGGCUUUGGCCGUGGACAGGCUCAACUUCCGCGACUCAUCGCAACAGCAAAUCCUCCAUCCGGUCAAUAAGACCCUACAAACGCACAACAACAACAAUAACACCAGCAACAACAAUAAUGGCACCAGCACACUGGCCGAUUUCUCCACGUUCCAGGAGAACUCGUACUUUGCCACCCAGCACGAUACGGAGGCUCAGGAAAGGCGGCUAUCGAAGGCCAAGGAAACGAUUGCCCGCCAUUUGGCCAAGGAGGCCAUCGAUCCGUUCAACAGCGAGCUGUGCCGCGCCUUCCUCGCCAAGCUGGACUUUCCGGGCGAUCACGAUGCCCAUGCCAGCUAUAAGAUUGUGCAAACGCCACUGCCAAAAAUCUCCAACACGCGCACGCUGAACGUCCUCGAGGGCGUCACCUUCAACAUCGACAAGGAGGUGGGUCGCGGCUCGUACGGCUCGGUGUACAAAGCCACCGAUUCGCGCACCGGCAAUGUGGUGGCGCUCAAGUAUCAGAAGCCCCCAAACACCUGGGAGAUUUACAUAUGUGAUCAGGUGCUGAAACGCAUCAGGGAGCCGGAGGUGUUGCCCGGCCUGAUGGACAUUUCCACGGCGAUCAUCGCCCCCAAUGCUAGCCUAAUAGCCACAGAGUUCUCGCCGUUCGGAUCGCUGCUGGACAUCAACAACAAGAUCCGGCAGGCCACCACCAAGGUGAUGCACGAAUCGCUGGUGAUGCACUUCUCGGCGCAGAUCUGCAACAUCGUGGAUCACCUGCACCGCCAGCACAUCAUCCAUGCGGACAUAAAGCCGGACAACUUCCUGCUGAUGCGCGUGCCCAAUGUGGACAGUUCGCUGCCGUCGCUGCGACUGAUUGACUUUGGGUGCGCCAUCGAUAUGACCCUGUUUCCGGACGCGGAGCGCACCAAGUUCCGCAAGGUGGUGCAAACGGACGGCUUCACCUGCAUCGAGAUGCAGGAGGGGCGCAGUUGGUCCUACGAGACGGAUCUAUUUUGCAUUGCGGCCACCGUUCAUGUGAUGCUCUUCGGCGACUACAUGCAGCCGCAGAAGAAGGGCUCCAGCUGGGACAUCCGCCAGAAGCUGCCGCGCUACCUCAAAAAGCAUGUGUGGACCAAGUUCUUUGGCGAACUGCUCAACAUGGAGGCGGACAAACUGCCCGCUCUGCAGGAGAUGCGACUGAUAUUCGAGGAGGAGGCGUACCGCAUGGACUCCGAGCUCCAGAAGCAGAUACGCGCCCUAUCCAACAUCCUGCAUCGACGAUAACCAACCUAUUACUAUUAAUCUUUUUUUAAAUUUGUAUGUUUAACUCUGUUGUUGACCAAGUCACCCAAAUUUCAAUCAACUAUCAUUUCCACACUCUUUAAAGCAAAGAAAAACCAAAUCCUCCAACUUGGUUGAGUUCGUUUCCCCCAUUUCGGCCAAAACGAAACUUUUUAGUUUAGGUUAGUUCUCUAAAAAGCACACACCUCCUUGCUUAACUUAAAUAUUUAAUCUUUCUAUACUUUAAUUAUUGUUUCGAUGCCAAAAAGAAAAAAAAACAGGAAAGCGGAGGAAAAACAAGAGCAUUAGUACGCUACGAAAUUCAAAAUCAAUGUAAAUAUUAGGCACAGACUCGAUCAAAACGAAAAUUGGCUAAAUGAGUUUGUGAAAGAAAAAAGAAAACACCCGAAAACCCCGUGGAUUUAAAAUGUAAUUUUUUAAUGUACAGCAACCAGACAACAACAGUAUAUUGAAGGCAAUGUAAAAAGGAAACGUCGUACAUAUGUUUAAGAUGAAACCAUGCUGUACUAUUGAGUAAUAUAUAAAGAUCUUUAAAUAAUAGUGAAUAAAUUGACGAAAUGUUAACGCAAAAA